AUGCAUCAUCAUCAUCAUCCAUGUAAUCUCAAACACAUCACCUUCUUCUUUCUUAUCUAUCUCAGUCUCCAUAUCCCACAAACAAUAGAGGCUCGAAACCCAUCUCAGUUCAAACCAUCCCGACAUAACGUCAAUAUACCGGAAAUAAAACGUCAUCUUCACCGGUUCGGUUACCUACAACACAACAACAACAACGUCUCGUUCGAGCAAGCUCUCUCUCGCUACCAGAAAAAUCUCGGUCUACCGAUAACCGGGAAACCAGAUUCCGACACGUUGUCACACAUUCGGUUACCAAGAUGCGGAUUCCCUGAUGACGUGGACCCCAAAACAACGGCGCCGUUUCACACAAAACAAAAAUACGUGUAUUUCCCCGGAAGCCCCAGGUGGACAAGAGACGUCAUCCCACUCCAACUCACCUACGCCUUCUCACAGCAGAACCUAACCCCUUUCCUAACAAAACCACAAAUACAGCGCGUGUUCCGACGCGCUUUCGCCAAGUGGGCUUCAGUGAUCCCUGUCACCUUCACCGAAACAGAGGACUACGAAACCUCCGACAUCAAAAUCGGAUUCUUCGCCGGAGACCACGGCGACGGAGAGCCGUUCGACGGUGUUUUAGGCGUUUUAGCACACACUUUCUCGCCGGAGAACGGUAGGCUUCAUCUAGACAAAGCGGAGACGUGGGCCGUCGAUUUCCACGAGCAGAAAUCAACGGUCGCCGUUGAUUUGGAAUCAGUGGCUGUGCACGAGAUAGGUCACGUGCUUGGGCUGGGCCAUAGCUCCGUGAAAGAAGCGGCUAUGUAUCCAACAUUAAAGCCCAGAAGUAAGAAAGUGGAGUUGAACGUUGAUGAUGUCGUUGGAGUACAGUCUUUGUACGGAACUAACCCUAAUUUCAACUUGAGUGGUUUACUUGCGUCGGAAACUUCGACCAAUCUAGCUGAUGACAUGUUGGUUCGGUCUGAAGACUAAACUGAAGUCAAGAUAAGUUGUGGGUUGGCCGAGUCUUUAGGCACGUUUGUUUGAGUUGUUUUAAGUUAAAUAAGAUCUCCUGAGAUCAUGGUUUAGUUGCAGGUUUUUAGGAGUUUAAGUUGAUCAUAAGGUCGUAUAAAAGACCACCUCUGUUUCAGUUUUUUUUGUAUCACUUUUAUCAUCUUUCAAUCUAUAAAAGUACUAUUCAGC